AUGGAAAAACUGGCAGCAAUUUCUUCAGGUUGACGAAAACAAGUCCGAACUGUUCCAUUUGCUUGCACAAGAUCUUGUCAACUCGCCAAAUAUUCAAGAUUUUGACGGCGUUGUCGUGGCGACAGAUACUGAAGAAGUUGUAACUUUUGGGGAUAUUGAUCAUCAUAAUUUAGCUCCAUGCAACCAUGAAGAAGCAGACACGCGUAUACUUCUUCAUGUAAAGAAUGCUGUAGAUUGUGGUCAUCGUAAAAUUGCCAUACGAACAGUGGACACUGAUGUUAUAGUCAUAGCAAUUUCAUUUUUCCAUCAACUGAAUAUUGAUGAGCUAUGGGUCGAAUUUGGUGUUGGAAGAAACAAGCGUUGGUUGCCAGUUCAUGAAUAUGCAACUAGUCUGGGAAGAAAUUUAUGUGGUGGUUUGCGCUUUUGGUUUGCUCUCACAGGAUGUGAUACCGUUUCCGCCUUUUGUGGUAAAGGGAAGAAGUCAUGCUGGAAUACCUGGAAAUCGUUUCCUCAAAUCACGGAAACGUUUACAAGGUAGAACUUUGAAGGCUUUAAAGUUUUAAAUACAUUUUCUGUGUUUUACAAUUAGGCAAAGCAGGAAAGGUUAAUAUUCCCUCACUUUUAAAUUCUGUUAGGUUAUCACUUUGCAAUCAAGAUGACCCGAGCGAAGACCUUCUCAAUGCUGUUGAGCGUUAUGUCGUUUUGUUAUAUGAUAAAACCACUAGUCUGUCUAAUGUCAAUGAAGCUAGACGACAUUUGUUUACCAAGAAAACAUGUCCAAGCGAAAACCUUCCACCUACGAAGGAUGCGCUACAUCAGCAUAUCAAAAGGGCUAUAUUUCAGGGGGGGUAA